AUGUCGCCGGGACCUCCAGCUUAUAGGAUGAGUGCUCUACCGAGUGAGAUAUCCGGGCCGCUUACACAGCAUAUCACCAAUCCCGCUUCAGUUCGGUCCCUUGGUACAACUGUAUUCUCCCCUGCCAAGUCGGAAAUCGUCCUCGAAUUCGAGUCAGAAACUGCAGGCGCAACGGACCCACGUUGGGUGCCAUUGUCGCCGGGUGGUGAAAUGUGUGCAGCCAGUCCGGGAUCUCCCGCUCUACACGCGGGUGUUCUUCUUAUAGUCGUAUCCCCCGCUCCAAUGUCAACAAAUGCUCAUAUAGACACUAUGGAGACAAGUAAAGUCGUCAUAACUCCACGACAGGCCGGACGUCGGCCGAGUCUGAGUGUGUCCGACAUCAUGUCGUCGGCCGGUCAGGUAUCCGCGGUCAACUUUAUGACGGGCGUACCGGAGGAAGGUACCAGACUGACCGUGGAUUCCGUGUGGAAUCCCGCCGUCGCCGUCGGCAAAAGCAAGACGGAGAGCUUCAUGCGAAACACCAUUGACAAAAGGUCGCUGUACGCCGUUCGUCGCGAGAAUAUCGCCAGCCGCGAGAUGGACUUCGUGUCCGCCCGGCCCGGCGAGCGCUACGGGCCACCUGUGACCAACAUCGAACACCUUGUGGAGAAGAACUACAUCAUCGACAGCAACCUCAAGAAUGCAACCCCGGAGAAGUUCCCCAAGGUCAUCAUGCGGAGAUUCCACCGGGUGUCAGACCACGACGAUGGGAUCUCCUAUGGGAUGCCGCGACCGCCGUCACGCACAGUCUUCCAGAGGGUCAUCGACGGGAUCAAACGCGAGCCGAGCAUUGUCAACAUCCAACAGUUCCCGUCGCUGCACGAACCGGUGCCGUGCGGAAGUCGUGAUGAGUUCUGUGAGAUUCUCGGACCCAGCGCCUGUCGGCAGUGUAUCGAGAACACUAAUCGUGCGAUAGGUGAACAGCUGCAGGAUAUGCUGUUCCCGAUGAUAGACAUCACGACGCCGAAACUGAUCGCGCCGAAGUUGGCGCAUCUGCUGAAGACAGGACACCGCUACCAGGUCCGGAAGCGGCGUCUGCAGGAACUGGGUAUCGAGGACGCUUGGACGCCAACUAGAAACGAUAAGCACGUGACGAAAAGCGCCUGCGUCAAGUGCCGGAAGCCGAUGAAGACGGCGAAAAUUGUCGUCACUUCUCCGUCGGUGGUUAGAAUGACUAGCUCGAGACUGUAUAGCAAUAAACCGGAGAGGUUUUAG